AGUGGUCAUGCAGCACUGAUAGACUCUCGCUCUCUUUAAGGCCCUACCAAUUAUCUUGAGUUCCAAUAUUAAUUUCCAAAAUUACACAUACAAUUACAAUUAUGCAGCAAUAAAUGAUCAUAUCUAGCUCCUCUAUUUCAUUACUGAAUGCUACAAUAUUUGAUAUUUACCAAUUUACUGUAAGUCCAAGUGGUGCUGUCUCAUAGAGAACCUCCCUUCUCAUAGAUUUUAUCAAUUUUCUUGAGUUGCAAUAUCAAUUUACAAACUCCUACCUAAUCACAACUAACAAUCAUAAGAAUGAAUUUCCAAUUCGUCACAAAUCAAAUUUCUUCACGUAAAAUUAUCCUGCAAACGUCUCAGGGAAAACCUCACCACAUUUUCCACUUAAUUUAUAAUCACACACGUGUCGAAAUACGCAGACAUCAGAAAGUCCCCUCCACGGCGAUCAAUUUGUAAAGAAGAUUAGCAAGCAGCAUUCUCGUCUAUUAGCUGCGAGACGCAACUGUCAUCCACGAUAGGUAACAAUGGCCCGUUACCGCGGAUAGAGGGGGACCAGGUCGCAUGUGGCCGUUCAUAAUAGCAAUCGUUGUGCCCGAAGGAGGAGGAAUCGGUAAGUGCACCCGAGUUCGCUUUCGUUUCGGGUUUAGUGGUUCGCUAACCGUUCAACGAACGACUCUGCUUGCUCUAUCCUCGGUCAGGAACGGAAGAGACCUUUUAGCUCUUCCGGUCAUCCUCAUGAAUUACUCGUUACCGGGAUAAUACGAUUGCUAACAUGGAAAGAGAAAGUGACACUUGUAGGCGAUAAAGGUCCAACAGUUGUUUGACAGAAAUUGAUUCAGUUGUUCUGCUUAUCAGUGCUGGAUCAAAGAAGAGAUAAUUUCUCGAGCAUCGACUAGGAUUUGAACGAUGUUCAUUGGAAGUUGAUAAAUUGACGAAGAUUUUUUAGAGACUGGGGAAACUGAGUCUGCAAGGUGAACAGUGGAAGAUAUUUGAAGAAAACUGUGAAAUUAGGUUUGUAGGGGCAGAGAUACAAAAUAUACUGUUUGUUAUCAAGAUAGAAGAAGAGAAUAAGACAGAAGAAAUUGUAACUGAGUGUGUUUGGGAAAUUUCAAGAAGGGAAGAAAAAUAAAGGGGUAGUUUAGUGGUCUUGAAAAAUUUAUAGAAAAGAAAAUAUACAAACAUACAGAAGAAAUUAUAAAUGAACAUAUUCUUCAAAUUUCUUCUUCCAAUUUGAGAAACUAGUUAAGUUUGAAGAAAUAAACUUGAGUAAAGGAAGAAUUGUGAAGAAGAGUGUCUGUAAAUUUGAAGAAGAAAAGAAUUUGUAAAAGGAAAAUUUGAAAGUGUCAUUGCUGAAACUUGAAAAGAAGAAAACUAUUUCACCAUGUCCCGCGAUUAAAAAGAAGAAAAGAGAUUCGAAGAAUGCACGUGUAAAAAAGUUCCGAAAAACCGAAGAGAAUCCAAACAUUGAUACAAGAUGCCGCUAUCCGUGAACAACAACAGUAGCGACGAGAAGUCACCACACGACACAAACGGCACCUCAGAGAACUUCUCAAUAUCCAAACUCCGCCAAGCCCUGCCACAAUGCUGCGCAGUCAGCGCCAAGAACCUCCUGAUGAUCACCUUCGGCUCCACCCUAGGCUUCUCCACUAUUCUCAUCCCAGAAUUGCAGAAGGAGAACUCGGAGAUCCCAGUUACAAUCGAGGAACUGACCUGGAUCAGUAGCCUGAACUUGUUCCUGGUUCCCAUCGGAUGCUUCGCCAGCGGUCCCCUGUCGCAGUACCUGGGUCGCAAGCGAACCAUGAUGUUGACCAACAUCCCGUUUAUAGCCGCCUGGAUCAUUUACUACUAUGCCACCAGUGCUGGGAUGCUGUUCAUCGCGUUAGCCAUGACAGGACUCACAGGGGGUCUGCUGGAGGCACCUGUGAUGACGUACGUGGCGGAGGUGACGCAGCCUCACCUUCGGGGUAUGCUGUCCGCUACGUCGAGCAUGUCCAUCAUCCUAGGGAUAUUCACGCAGAUGCUGGGUGGCAAACUGGCGAACUGGAGGACCGUCAGCAUGGUCAACCUGGCGUAUCCGCUUAUUUGCUUCGUGGUGCUGUGUCUGGUGCCCGAGAGUCCUUACUGGCUCGCAGCAAAGGGUCGCACGAGGGAAGCAGAGCAGGCUCUCUGCUGGCUCCGAGGCUGGGUCAGCCCCUCCCAAGUGCAGGCCGAGUUCCAGACCAUUUGCCAGGAGGUCCACAAGCCAGCCGAGUCCAGGGAGAAGGUCUGGAAGUCCUUCAGCAAGAGGACCUUCUACGUCCCCUUCAUGCUGGUCACCUGUGCCUUCUUCAUCGGCGCAUUCGGCGGCACGAUCACUCUCCAGACUUUCGCGGUGAUGAUCUUCGUGAAACUGAAUGCGCCUAUCGAGGAAUACACCGCUGCAGUGUUCUUGGGUCUAGCGGAAUUGAUCGGGACACUGAUCUGUGUCAUUGCGAUCCACUUCACCGGGAAGCGAGUGUUGAACUUCGUGUCCAUCGGCGGCACCGGCCUUAGCUUCUGCUUGGCGGCCAUUUAUGGUUAUCUGAAUGACGGCCAGGUGAUCGACGUCGAGAGGUUCACUUGGAUGCCUACUACGUUGAUGAUCGGAGCUGCGUUCUUGUCGCAUGCGGGGAUUCGGUUGUUGCCUUGGGUCUUGGCUGGAGAGGUGUUCCCUGUUAAGGUGAGGAGCAGCGCAACAGGGAUGGCAGGCUCCAUGGGCUACAUCUUCAACUCCAUAGCCAACAAGGUGUUCCUGUACAUGGUGAACGGAAUGUCCCUAGCUGGAACCUUCUUGUUCUACGCGUUGAUCAACCUUGUUGGCGGCGUGUUACUGUAUUUCAUACUGCCAGAGACGGAGGGUAGGACGUUGAAGGAGAUCGAGGAGCACUACGCUGGGGUGCAGAACUUGAAGAACAGACCCAAGAAGGAGGAGCUGCCGUUCAAGGAGAAAUGGGCUGCUACCAACCCUGCCGUCAUCUACGACGACCAUGAGAGCAAACUUUGAAAUAUUCGAGAACGGAUGCCGAUUGUGACAAUUUGUAAAAAUUGUAAUGUUUAGUUCCUCGCUGUUAACCCUCGGACGAUUUGAAUUUUAUAUUUUUAUGACUCGGUUUGUUUGGGGGUUAAGGACUUUAAAGAAGGCGUUUCUUUUGACAUUUUUGUAAAUAAGAUUCUGCGAUUGUUACUUAUUGUUACUGACACGUUAUAGGAACAUUGUAAGCGAAAUUGAACUGCGUAUGAGCUUGAUGUACAGGAGUGGAUUUUUGACACUGUGACUCUUCUUGAGAAUGUGAUUGUAAGCUACAAAUUGCUGAAUAAAGCACAACUUAUUUUAAG